AUGAAGUUAAUUAAAAUAUUUUAUUCAAUACUAUUAUUUUCAAUAAAUAUUGAUUCAUUUAAAAUUCUUAUAUUUGUCCCAAAUCUUGGAUAUAGUCAUUUAACUUUGAAUGGAAAGAUAGGUGAUAUACUUAGUAAUGCUGGGCAUGAUGUAACAAUAAUAAAAACUAAUUUGGAACGUAAUUUAUCAAUGAUUGUUAAAAAAAAUGUUAAUUUAAUUGAUAUUUCUGUUAAUGAAAGUAUUAGAGAAAUGGCAAAUUCUUUAAAAUUAUUUGAUAAUUUGUGGGAAUCUGAUAAUAACAUUAAAAAUUCAAUAAUAGCAACAAAAAAUUUUACUGAUUUAAUGUAUUAUUUGUGUGAAUUUAUGUUUGAUCAAGAUGAAUUAACAACAAAGAUAAGGAAUGAAAAAUAUGAUAUAAUGAUUUCUGAGUAUAUUAAUGUUUGUGGUAUUAUUUUAGGAAAACAUUAUAAUAUUGAUAAGUUUUUAUAUAUUUCUUCAAUGACAAACAAUGAAUUGAUAUAUGAUUAUUAUGGCUUAUUUUUUCCUUCUAGUUAUAUUCCAACAACAUUUUUAAAAGUUUCUCAUAAAAUGACAAUCUUUGAAAGAUGGUUUAAUUUUUUAUUCUAUUAUAGUGAAAAGUUUUUUUAUAAAACUUUUGUAAUUCCAAAAUUUGAAAACAUUUAUGAAAAAAAAAAUAACAAAUAUAUUUCUUUUGAUAAUUUAGCAAAAACAUCAGGUGGAAUAUUGAUAAAUACAUAUCCAUUCAUAGAUAAACCAACACCUAUAAAUUUAAAAACUUACUUUAUUGGUGGAAUAACUUUAAAUGAAAUAAAAAAUUUACCUAAAAAAUGGGAUGAUAUUUUGAAUCUUAGAAAAUAUAAUAUUUUAGUUUCAUUUGGUACAAUAGUAAAUGUUUCUAAUGCACCUUUAAAAACUAAAAAUGCAAUGCUUCGAGCAUUUGAAAGUUUUAAUAGUAUAACAUUUAUAUGGAAAUAUGAAGAAAGUCUUUCAACAUUACCAAUAAAUAUUCCAGAAAAUGUUGUAAUAAUAAAAUGGAUACCUCAAUAUGAAUUAUUAAAUGACGAUAGAAUAAAUAUUUUUAUAACACAUUGUGGUAUGAAUUCUAUAAUUGAAGCUACAUAUGUAGGUAAACCAAUUUUAUGUAUACCAUUUUUUGGUGAUCAAAUGAGAAAUUCUGGUUUAGUAUAUAGACUAGGUUUUUCUGAAUAUUUUGAUAAAAAAAGAUUAAGUAAUGAAAAUGAAUUGAAAGAUAUAAUAAAAAAAAUGAUUAAAAGUCAUAUUUAUCAAAUUAAAGCAAAUAGAGUAUCUAAACUUGCAAAAUAUUUUCCAUAUUCGCCAAAAGAUAUUGUUGUCAAAGUAAUUGAAUAUAUAGGAAAAAAUGGUAAUAUUAAUGAAUUAAAUUUAGAAGGUGGUGAUCUUUCAAUCAUAGAAUUUUUUAAUUUAGAUAUAUGUUUUAUAAUUUUUAUUAUCCUAAUAGCUAAAAUUCUUUUAAUACUUAAACUUCUUAAACUUAUUUUAAAUUAUUGUUUUCCAAAAAAAGAAAAAAUUGAAUAG